AUUCAUACACGAGCAAUGGUGAGUUGAUAUUUCUCCAUUCUCAAAUCAACCCUCCCAAAAAGUCUUCUUCUCCUCUAUUCUGUCUCUUCAGAGUCAUGGAGAAAGAUGGUGGAGCUGCAACAUCCAAACUUCUACGGAUCCUUGCCGCAUCUUCCGUCACUGCUGCUGCCGCUACUUCCUUCUAUUAUCACUGUUGGAAUCGCCCGGCGGCGAGGGACCGAAAGAUUAUUCCGCAGUUACGCCUGACGGAAUCCGGCAAAGUCGAUGAGCUUGAAAGUUUCUCCCAGUAUGUAGCUAGACAGAUAGGAUUUGCAGAGAUAAACGAGUGUCCACAGCUGGCCAAGUUGGCAAACGAUUACCUGAGGAAAUCAAAAGGAUGUGAAGACAACAUUUAUGCCUUCUUUGUUAAUGACCCAAAUGCUGAUUCCCUGUUUGUAAAGCUGGUAGAGGAGUUCGAGAGAUGCAUCCUCAGUUACUUUGCCUUCCAUUGGAACCAUGCUUCUCUUAUGAUCAGUCAGGUACUAAGUGCUGAUACAGAAUCAAAAAGAAAGUUAAAGAACAUGGUCAUGGCAGCCACAAGAAAACAGAGAUUUGAUAGAGUGACUAAGGACUUGAAGGUAACGAGAGUGUUCUCUACGCUGGUGGACGAGAUGAAAGCAAUCGGAAACUCGCAUCCAGACGUGAUGGUUCCAGUGGCCCACGAUGAGAGGAGUCCGGUACUUCUUCUGAUGGGUGGUGGCAUGGGUGCUGGCAAGAGCACCGUCCUCAAGGAUAUACUCAAACAAGCUUUCUGGACAGAGGCAGCGGAGAAUGCAGUGGUAGUUGAGGCAGAUGCUUUCAAGGAGUCUGACGUCAUCUACCGAGCCCUCAGCUCUAAAGGCCACCCCCAUGACAUGCUCCAAACUGCAGAGCUGGUGCACCAAUCAUCCACGGAUGCUGCAUCAUCCCUGUUAGUAACAGCCCUGAACGAAGGGCGGGAUGUCAUCAUGGACGGCACUCUCUCCUGGGAACCCUUUGUGCACCAGACAAUCGCCAUGGCUAGGAACGUCUACCUCCGGCGCUACCGGAUGGGGGUCGGAUACAAGGUUGCCGAGGACGGGACUGUGACUGAGAACUACUGGGAAGAGGAAGAGGAGCAGAAACAGGCAAGGAAACCAUACAGAAUAGAGCUGGUGGGAGUGGUGUGUGAUGCUUACUUGGCCGUUAUGAGAGGCAUCAGGAGAGCUAUUAUGACAAAGAGAGCUGUGAGGGUGAAGUCACAGUUGAAGUCCCACAAGCUGUUUGCUGAGGCAUUUGAAAGAUACUGUAUGCUAGUUGAUAAUGCCAGGUUAUAUUGCACCAAUUCUACAGGAGGCCCACCCAAGUUGAUAGGAUGGAAAGAUGGAGACAACUGUUUGCUGGUUGAUCCACAAGAUAUCCGCUGUUUGAAGGCAGUAAGCAUGCUGAAUGAAAACGCAGAGUCUAUAUAUGAAGUUUACAAUAAACAACAAGACCCAACUAGUAGUGAAGCAGCUAGUUCUGUUUGGAAAGACUUUGUUCUGUCACCUACAAGAAGAAGCAUUCAGGAGGAACUAAAGAUUUCCAUCAAGAUGGCCGAAGAGCAGGUUUAAGAAGAAAUAAAUGGGGCAUCGUCAGACUCAUCAUGAUCCAUGUCCCAAGAGAAAGUUGUGUGAGGGAGUGAGCACUUGCUUCAGCUUGAAUGUGAAUUUUGUUCUUGUAAAGCUCAAUAAAUCAUGCCAAUACUUCUGCAGAAGGCGCAUUCAUCAAUGGAAUAUAUUGUGGUCUUUGAGACUGUUUUUAGUUUGUAUUACCAUAUAUUAAUAAAAUUUAAGCUAUCAUGAUUUGAAAUGUAA